AGCUAGCUAGCCCCGCCUUCGGUGAGCGCUAGAGAGAGAUAUGGCGAUGACUGUAUUUUCUGCCUCCGGACUCGGAAUGCUGGUUAUGGCAGGAUUCCUUGCACUGGCAGCCGUGGCUCAACUGAAUGAUCCUGAUCCACUGGUGUGGAUGGCUGCGUAUGGCCUUCCAGCAGUCCUCACUCUCUGGACAUGUAUCACUGACAUUGGUAAGGGAGCUCAGUGUGUAAAGGCCAUCCAUUGGAAGGUGGUUGUGGAGGCUCUUAUGUCUUGCAGUUCUCAUGAGUGUGGGAGUCUUUGCUGUCUCAGUUGUGUAUCCCACAGUCAGAGAUGGAAACAUUGGCAACAUCUUGACCUCGGAGGAGGGAAGGGAAACUGCUGGUCUUAUGAUUGUGAUUUUCUGGCUGCUACUUUUGCUACUGUUUCAAAGGGCAAUCUGGUUUGAUUGUGGUCUACUGGCAUUUGCGAUUGUACCUCCAAGUGCAUGGAUCGCCUACAAGUUCUACAUCCAGGAGACACUCAGUCUUCCUCAACACUGCGAGGGACUAGUAUAACCCUUUUGGUCACACAAUGUUGUAAUCUACACACUUGUAACAAAACUCGCACAAUUGUGAACUUUGACCCGGUAGGCAGGUGGCAUGGCGGCAUUAUCUCGUAAAAACCACCCACGCAUCCUCAGAAGUGGUCAGUCGGCACUCGGAUUUGGCGGUCGGCAGUCGGAGCUUUGAUGUUGCUUUCAUCUACCCUUUCAGAGACGGCGAUGCAGUGGUACAGAGGUCUAGUUGCCUGUGCUACUAUUGCGACUCUGGCUCUCAUUUUGUUCGCAACCAUUAAUCUCCACGCCAUAACUACAACUUUGACUAGUGGCAGAGAAUACCCAUGUCCAAACUGCGGCGAUUCAUCUCAAGAAUCUCAAAGCAGAGUUCUCUUCUCAGCCAAAGAAAAAUCCAGCAACAAAUCUCCUCCAGAAAAGUGCCCUGAAUUUCAUAACCAAUACUGCAGUUCUGACCGAAAUGAACCGCAGCAGUGCCCCACAACCAGUUACCCAGCAUUCAGAAGGAAUAGAAGCCACUCAGGAUUGUGCACAGAAGAAUUGUCUUGAGUACUUAUCCGACAGUGAGAAACGUAGUGUGAGUGCAUGUGCGAGACGCGUCAGGACCAAAGAUCACUACAAGGGGCCGAUACGCCAGAAUGAAUGCAAGUUCCUACCUAGCAGUGGUCGUGGUCCUGGUCCUGUCGCAUUGGUCAGUGCGCGAGGCUCUGGAAAUACGUGGACCAGGGGACUACUUGAGAAGGCCACUGGCAUUUGUACGGGGUUCAUAUCCUGUGACACGGCCAUGAGAGCCCAUGGAUACGUUGGAGAGAACGUCAAGAGCGGGAAAGUGCUUGUGGUCAAGACACACUCAGUUGUACCAAAGUGGCAGGGAGAGAAAAAUUCUCACGCGAAACCCGACGACGCCAGGUACACAUCGGCCGUCUUGAUUCUCCGCAACCCUGCCGAAUCUGCAAUUGCAGAGUGGAACAGGAGAUCAGCCGAGAAGGUUCUUGGAAAACACAAUUUCUCUAUAGCACGAGAAAGACACACAUACACCAUUCCAAAGGAGUUCUUUGAGGGGAAGGGAUGGGAUAGUUUCUUGCACAAGUACAUGAGGGACUGGAGCACUCGCUUGCAUCAGUGGGUGAUAAACCAGGACAAUCACCCAGUUCACAUCUUGCACUAUGAAGAUCUCAAACAGGACACUGUGGGGGAAAUUGCAAAAACCCUCCAUUUUUUGAACGUGUCGUACGAUUCAGAUAUACUGCGAAGCAAACUAAGUGUGGACUACUCUGAGUUCCAGCGACCACAUGACAGCGAAGAUUUUGAACAUUAUUCCCUUGAGCAGAAGGAAUUUCUUAGGUCAGUGCUGCUGGAAGCGAAAGAGGCUGCAGAGAGAGCAAGCAAAGCCAAUCUUCUCCAACUGGACAAAUAUAUAUGCCUUCUCUCUAGUACUUUUACUCUUACACAAACUAAGGUU